AUUAUACAUGUGCAAUGAUGAAGUCAUCAUUUUCGUACGCUUUUGGAUGAUGAUAGUGGACUCCUACUAUUACAAAAUAUUGAAAACAUCAUCAUGAGGGCAAUUCUGUUGAACAUGGUGGUCUGCAAUUUUAAAAAACACUUUGGGUACCCUGGAAGGGACAUCUAAGGCUACCAUAAGAAAGAUGACUGGCAGCUAAAAAUGUUGUAGAAGUUGGAAUCCUGAUGGAAUCAUAAUGAGUCAGCUAAAGGAAUAAUGAUUCUUGCCGCUGUAAGAAUACCACAAUGACUAGUCAGGAUUUAAAUGGGUAGCAAGUUGCAGUAGGGAGAAGGGCAGAAGAGUGGCUUCACACAAAAUUACAAAGUCCUAUGGAAUCCCACUGUUGCCUCUCAGCUGUUCAUUCUAUUUAGGUAAACAUGAAGAUGAACAUUGGCACAUGUGCCAAAAACCUGAAGGAGAGACAUUAGGGAAUCUAAGGUAUUGAAUGAGGCUUUCCAUAUAAUUCAACAAAAUGGAUUACAGCUGAUAUUUCCAGAGAUACUACGGAAUAGAGUGCUCAAAUUUCUGUGAAUUAUUCUUGUGGAAAGCGAAAGUCACGGCGCUGCGACCCUCCCUUCAGCGCCUCUCACGCGAUACUCGGCUUUCACGCUUUCGUCUAGGGCUGCACGGCAGGCGGAAGAGAAGCGCCUGUGGUGACGCACUUAUUCCGCGCGAUGACGUCACUGCAAGGCGCCGGGGGACACGUUGGCUGAGUUUUCGGCGGGCUUCCCGGGUACAAAAAUGGCUAUGGCUAGCGAUUUCUACCUGCGCUACUACGUAGGGCACAAGGGCAAGUUUGGGCACGAGUUUCUGGAGUUCGAAUUUCGGCCGGACGGACGCAUGAAGAGUACCAAGCAAGAGGGGAGAGGAAAGCUUAGAUAUGCCAACAACAGCAAUUACAAAAAUGAUGUCAUGAUCAGAAAAGAGGCUUAUGUGCACAAGAGUGUAAUGGAAGAACUGAAGAGAAUUAUUGAUGACAGUGAAAUUACAAAAGAAGAUGAUGCUUUGUGGCCUCCCCCUGAUAGGGUUGGCCGACAGGAGCUUGAAAUUGUAAUUGGAGAUGAGCACAUAUCUUUUACCACAUCAAAAAUAGGUUCUCUUAUUGAUGUAAAUCAGUCAAAGGAUCCUGAAGGCCUUCGAGUAUUUUACUAUUUGGUACAAGACUUGAAAUGUUUAGUUUUCAGUCUUAUUGGAUUACACUUCAAGAUUAAACCAAUUUAAAUUACUACUUCGUUUUGAUUUGAAAUGUGUGAACCUAUGAGCAUGGACUGUGCUGUAAGUUUAACCACUGACCCCUUUAAUUAAUAACUGGAUUCCUAGCAUGAAUGGAUAAUGAAGUAGAAUAGAAAAUUUUAAAAAUUUAAUAAAGAUAAACGACAAAGGUAAA